AUGGCCGACGCAGAUUUGAAGCAAGCGAUUCUCCGGCUGACUGAUCUCAUCGCAAACCACCAGCAGCAGAUUGCAGCUCUCCAGCAGGGUAACGCCAAUCAAGUUGGAAGCGAGAAGAUCAUCGAGUCACUCUCCACGGGAAUCGACGAGUUUCAGUACGAUCCAGCCGGCGGCAUCUUCUUUGAUUCGUGGUAUGCUCGAAACGAAGACGUGUUCAAGGAGGACGGAAAGCAUUUGGAUGCCAAAGCAAAGGUCAGGCUACUUCUGCGGAAAAUCGGCACGCAAUUCCACGAACGCAACGUGAACAGUGUUUUGCCGAGUCAUCCGCGGGAUUUUUCAUUCGUAGACACCGUAAAGAAGCUGAAGAAACUUUUUGGACGCCAAAAGUCACUCUUCAACGCACGCUACCAGUGUCUUCAAUACGUGAAAAAUGAAGUCGACGAUUCAUCUUACGCAGCAUCGGUGAACAAGCACUGCGAAGCGUUCCAGAUCGAAAAGCUAUUCAGCGACCAAUUCAAGAUGCUCAGGUUCGUAUGCGGUCUCCAGUCACCACGCGAUUCGGAUAUCCGGACCAGGCUGAUCGGGAAGUUGGAAGCUGGAGAAAACGCGCCGCCCGUCGACGGUGCCAACCUCAAGCUUGAAAACCUGGUUGAGGAGUGCAACCGCAUUAUCAACCUUAAGCAAGACACGCAAAUGAUCGAGAAAGGUUGUACGGACAAGUCGAAAGUCAACGCAAUCUCUCGUCAUCGUACUUCAAACGGAAAGGAGAAGAAGUCACCAAAAACACCUUGUUGGUUCUGUGGGGAUCUUCAUUAUGUCAAGGAGUGCCCCUACCAAACACACACAUGUUCAAAGUGUAAACGGAAGGGCCACAAGGAAGGGUACUGCUCCUCAUCUGAGAAGAAGACGACGAAGCAGAUCUACAAACCCAAACCUAAGGACAUCGUCAAGUCUAAAGGUAUUGCGAUUAAGCGAGUUGAUCUGAAAGCAAAGCGGAUGUUCGUGAAUAUCGACAUCAACGGUGUACCAGCAAAGUUGCAGCUCGAUUGUGCAUCUGACAUCACCAUCAUCUCCAAACGAACUUGGACAUCGGUGGGUAAGCCUGUCAUCGAGACAACAGAUGUCGCUGCUGUGAGCGCCUCGGGUGACGGCAUCGAAAUCGUAGGUGAAUUCAACGCUGAAAUCACCAUCCAAGACGUGACGAAAGUGGGCCGCAUUUUCGUUACAAGCAAUCCGAAUCUCAACGUUUUGGGACUUGAAACGAUCGAACAGUUCGAUCUCUGGUCGGUUCCGUUCAGUUCAUUAGUCAACUCAAUCCAACAAAACUCAAACGCAACAAUGCAGAAGCUGCAAGCGAAGUUCCCUGAAGUGUUCCAACCAACCCUCGGAUGCUGCACCAAAGCUAAGGUAACGCUCUACCAGAAGCCAGAUGCACGACCUGUGUACUGCCCCAAGCGACCGGUUGCCUACGUUGCCCUUCCGAAGGUUGAUGCUGAGCUGCAGAGACUUCAAGACAACGGCAUCAUCUCGCCAGUCCAGUUUUCUGAUUGGGAUAAGACGCCAGCUCAUCUAUUUCUAGGUCGACCGCACGAACAGCACUGGAUCUGCUGA